UGCGGCUGGUGAACGGCAGGAACCGCUGCGAGGGGCGAGUGGAGGUGCUUCACAACGGGACGUGGGGGACGGUGUGCGACGACGACUGGGACAUGGUGGACUCGAACGUGGUGUGCCGGCAGCUGGACUGUGGUGUGGCUGUGGCCGUGGGGAGCAGCUCCAAGUUCGGCCAGGGCACCGGGCCCAUCCUGCUGGACAACGUGGACUGUAAAGGAGGAGAGAUGGACCUGAGUCAGUGUAGGAAUCAGGGAUGGGGCGUCCACAACUGCUACCACUAUGAAGACGUGGCUAUCACCUGCAAAGGCAAUAAUGUGGUGGAACCUCGAGGCCUGGAGCCCACCACACCGUCCCGUCUCAUCUCUGCUUUAAGAGACGGAGCGGUGCGUUUGGCGGGGACAGGGGACCUCUGUCAGGGCCGGGUGGAGGUCUACUAUCAGGGCAGCUGGGGAACGGUGUGUGAUGAUGACUGGAGCAUUGCGGACGCCACAGUCGUGUGUCAACAAAUCGGCUGCGGACUGGCUGUCGGCGCACCUUCAAAUGCUUACUUCGGCUACGGCACGGGACGGAUUUUGCUGGAUAACGUGAACUGUAACGGGCAGGAGGGCAGCCUGGCCAGCUGUUACAGCCUCGGCUGGGGAGUUCAUAACUGCGGCCAUCAUGAGGAUGCCGGUGUCAUCUGCUCAGGUGGGUUUCUUUCUCCUCUUUCAGAGAAGCCGAGCAUCCGUUUGGUGAAUGGCCUCAACAGCUGUCAGGGCCGAGUGGAAAUCCUCUACUUCACCAUCUGGGGAACGGUGUGUGAUGAUGACUGGGAUAUGGAUAACGCACAGGUGGUCUGCAGACAUAUGGGAUGCGGGCCACCUAUCGCAGCCAAGCCUCUGGCUUACUUCGGCUACGGUUCCGGCCCCAUACUGCUGGAUAACGUGGACUGCAGUGGCAGUGAGCAAAAGCUGUCCGACUGCUUCAAUCUGGGCUGGGGACAGCAUAACUGCGGCCAUUACGAAGAUGCUGGAGUCAUCUGUGCAC